AGUCGAGGCGAAGCAGCUACAAGUGAGCUUACCGCCUUCCCACAUCUCCCCGUACUCCGCGAACCCCCCCACGCCAAUUCCACGCUAAUUCCGCGGCGCGCGGGUACAAGGACCUGGUGGACUACCGCAUGAUGCAGGAUUUGAAGCUGAUCGAUGCUCGCCCGGAGGGCCGCGCUGUUUGGGAGAUUACGAUUCCCAGGUAUUUGUGUAAUCUUAACGGUUCGCUUCAUGGUGGUGGCGCGGCUUUGUUGCUGGAUAUGUGCACAAUGUCGGCUCUCGGCCCGCUCGCAAGCGACAAGCGCUGGGUCUUCCUCGGUGGCGUAACGCGCUCCCUCUCUCUCUCAUACCUCCGGGACUGCGCAGAAGGGACUCCGGUAAUCGUGGACUCCUAUGUCCUGCAAGCCGGGCGGACGAUGGCGCUGAUCCGGGGCGAGAUCAAGAGUCCGGACGGGAAGAUUUUCUAUACCGUCGCCGACCACCAUAAGGUCAACUUAGGCCCCCAGCUCGCCAUGCUGGAGUUCGAGCCCGAACCGAAGGGUGGGUUGGAGCCGAAUACGCAUUUUGUGCUCGGCGGGGGGAAGGCGAUGUUGUAGAUGGGGUGCGAGGGGGGAGGAGG